AUGAAUCGACUUUUCCGUGCUGUUCCUACAGUCAAAGUGACAACUGUUAGAUAUUCUACCCAUCCUAUCCGAGAUCUAAGAACAUCCAGUCUUGUACCCUUGAUCAAUGUCUCAAAACCAGCACUCUCCUCUGAUGCCUCCCACUUGAGGGCGAUACAUGAGAACCUCGAGGCUAAAGGCGUGGUUCAAGUACAACUGGGGUUUAGCGACGAAAAUAGCACAUAUCUACAAAGCCUGAUAUCCAAUCUUCACAAAAAUCACAACCACGGUCUCCCAAUAGCCCACAGCGCCGAGCGUGGAUGGUUCUGGGACGUUCGGCCCUCUCCUGAAAGCUUCCAAAGCCAUGGACACCAAGCUCGAUCGGAAACCAUGUCUCAGUUUGAAUGGCACACCGACUGUAGCUACGAGGAACAACCACCACGAUUCUUCGCUCUCCAAGUCCUUCAGCCAGAUCGUUGUGGCGGCGGGACAUUAUCCGUGUUGAACGUCGACCGACUCCUUACUUUGCUUUCCCCUUUCGCACAAAAAUGGCUCUCCAGCUGUAACUACAAAAUUACCGUCCCUCCCGAGUUUACGAAAACCGCGGGGAAACACCACAUUGUGGGGAAUCUUCUCGCGGUAAACCCCGAUGGAAAUUCCGGCAGUCAAUUGCGAUUUCGAGAAGAUAUCACGGUUCCCUUGACUCCAAAUGCUACGAAAGCACUGGAUGAACUGAAAGAGAUUCUAUGCCGGGGUGCCCGGGAAGAGACUCUCCAUCUAACACCACAAAGUCUUCCCCAGGGAUCGAUCAUCAUGAUGGACAAUCGACGAUGGUUACAUUCACGCAAUGAAGUCAAAGACCCGAACCGACAUCUUCGACGAGUCCGAUGGGAUGCAGCGCCAUUUGGAUCCAGGGGCUGA